UCAACAUUGACUGGGGGCAUCAGGAAAAGGUACAGAAAGGAACUGAUCCUCGAAGUAGAGAGGAAUGGAAGGGUAUUACAGGUGUAACCAAUAAUUACACUGAUUCCUGUGUGGUUGACAUUAGAAUCACCAAACUCAUUCUUAAUUAUAUACAUUAGUGAAUUGACCAAGGCUAGGCAAUUGGCAUCAAAACUAAAACUGGAGUCUUGGAAUUCCAAUUUCAGGCCCUGACAGUGGAUUUUAACUUUGAAGCAAAGAUUUGUUUGGGGGACAAGAAGGAGAAGUUUAGAAUAAUAAGUUGGUACUUUGUCCGAGGUACUUCCAUGAGAAUUUAAGAAUUUUGAAUCGUUUUCUAUGCGUUAUGACCUGCAACUGAACGUUUAAGUGUGGUUACAAGGUGAUUUUUUCUGCAUUGAUUUUGUUUUAUUUUUGCUCCUUAAGUUUUACAUUGCAAGGUUAUCGCAUAAAUGAAUGUCUCAGUGUUCCUAUGCUGAUUUUGCAGAUUUAGGAACAAAAUCAGUGUAGGACACAAGGGCCCAGAUGCUAUUGCCUCUGCUCAUAACGGCCCCGGUGAGGAUGAACCUGACAGGUUCCUCCGGUUUGGACGCCAGUCGUGCCUACAACGGUUACGGAUGAGAAUUGGCUCUCUUCAGCCACCAUCUACUUCUGGAGACCCCAUCCAAUCAGGGCUCCGCCGGAAGGGGCGGGGCCAGGAGGUGCGCGUAGCGCUGGCUUCUUACUCUACCUCCUGCAGUUGCUUUGGGCAUGGAGGAAAUUUAUGCAAAGUUUGUGUCUCAGAAAAUCAGCAAAACCCGCUGGCGACCGGUGCCCUCAGGGAGCCUACAGACCGCGGAGACGUUCGCUACAGGUUCUUGGGACAAUGAGGAAAACUAUGUUUCGCUGUGGUCUAUUGGAGAUUUUGGAAACUUGGACUCUGAUGGAGGAUUUGAAGGAGACCAUCAAUUAUUGUGUGAUAUCAGACACCAUGGUGAUGUAAUGGAUUUACAGUUUUUUGACCAAGAAAGGAUUGUAGCUGCUUCAUCAACAGGAAGCGUAACAGUUUUUCUUCACCAUCCGAAUAACCAGACUUUGUCAGUCAACCAGCAGUGGACAGCAGCUCACUACCACACAGGUCCAGGCAGUCCUUCCUAUAGCAGUGCACCAUGCACAGGUAUUGUAUGCAGCAACCCAGAAAUUGUCACUGUUGGAGAAGAUGGUCGAAUAAAUUUCUUCAGAGCAGAUCACAAGGAAGCUCUAAGAACUAUAGACAAUGCAGAUAGCAGUACACUCCAUGCUGUAACCUUCCUUCGAACUCCUGAGAUUCUUACAGUAAAUUCAAUUGGACAGUUAAAAAUAUGGGAUUUCAGACAACAAGGAAAUGAGCCUUCUCAGAUAUUGUCACUGACUGGUGAUCGAGUGCCACUUCACUGUGUUGAUAGACAUCCUAACCAACAGCAUGUUGUAGCUACCGGUGGCCAGGAUGGAAUGUUGAGUAUUUGGGAUGUUAGACAAGGUACUAUGCCUGUAUCUCUGCUGAAGGCUCAUGAAGCUGAAAUGUGGGAAGUUCACUUUCACCCAUCCAACCCAGAUCAUCUCUUUACUUGUUCUGAAGAUGGAUCCCUCUGGCACUGGGAUGCCUCCACAGAUGUACCUGAAAAGUCAUCACUGUUUCACCAAGGAGGAAGAACUAGCACUUUUUUGUCUCAUAGCAUUAGUAACCAAGCUAAUGUUCACCAGUCUCUUAUAAGUUCCUGGCUCAGCACUGAUCCUGCAAAAGACCGUAUUGAAAUCACAAGUUUGCUUCCCAAUAAGACUUUGUCCGUGAACAGUUUGGAUGUUUUAGGUCCUUGUCUUGUUUGUGGAACUGAUGCAGAAGCAAUUUAUGUUACUAGACAACUUUUUUCAUGAAAGUACUGUCAUCAUAAGAUUUCAUGUAAAACAAUUAACCCUUUGAAUUCCAACUUCUAUGCAAAAUUUUAUUAUCAGAAAAUGUGAAAUUUGCAAGGAAAACAUCAAUAAACUACUGUCAAUGUUGAUGCCUACUUUCGGCUUUUGUUAGCUGUAUACUCACAACAGUUGCAGAAUCUGAUCGAUGAUUAAUGGCAAAAAAUUUUGAACAUAGGGAAUAAUAUCAGAGGGAUUCUUGUGCUGAUGAAUACAUUGACUUCAAGCAGACUAUUAUUGACAGUUCAUAGAACCAACUCUUCAUUUUUGGCAUUAUGGGACUUAACACAUAUCAGCAUUGGUUAUGGGAACUGCCAGCAGGUUCCUAUAAUUUUUAUCAGCAGUAUAUGGAAUAUACUCCUCCCUAGUGGCAUUAGCCAGUGUUAAUGACUAUUCUUUUUAUUGCAAGUAUUUUCUUCGAUUCUUCCACAUUAUAUUUCCUU